AUGAACUUCUUUAAUUGGACACAUUUUAUGCAGUUAUGAGAUAAAUACAUUCAAAAUGUACAGUCUGACAUCCUCCUAAUGCGGAAAUGUAUUAAUUAACUAAAGGUUCUACUAAGAGGAGGGAUUUUUCACCAGCUGAAGUUUGUUUUAUUUUAUGUUUUAUUUGGUCAUCGCAAGAACAUUUUCCUGCCUGCAUUAAGAGAUACUUACAGUUACAGUCCCCAUAUAAGUUUCAGUGAAACAAAGAUCUAAUUAAAUAAUCAUGUUUUUCACUAAUGUAAUUUAAAAUGUCACCCAUGUUCUUUAUAAAUCCCUGUUUCCUGAAAUGUGGAUGUGGAUUUGUUGAUUUUUGGAUUUUUAAAUAACUUUUGUUUUAAGGUGUGGAAAAUGAUGCUGAAUGCUGAACGUAUUAAAAGUAAAUCCACUCGCAGUACUGAAUGACCCAUUCAAAGUGUUGCUUUUCAUGUUAACAUAUGUAUCAUAUAUAAUAGUAUGUAUUAUUAGAUUAUUAUUACUGAUGCAUUAUUACUGAGGACCACAUGAAAACCAUUUUAAUGUUGUUAAAGUAAAGUAAAGUUAAAAGUACAAUAUUUUCUCCUGAAUGUAUUGGAGAGGAAGUGAAAUGUAGCAUAGCAAAUAAUUAAGUAAAGUACAAGUACCUCAAAGUUUACUUUAGCAAAAGUACUUUCAGUUCACUUCUGCUCAAAUGCCUGUAUAAUAACUUCCUGUUUGGAAACUGUGGUCUGCAUCAAAACCCACUGUCUCUGUCGAUCUGUUACUUUAGAAGAAAGCAAAGAGCAAAAUUGUUUAAAUUUAUUUACAGCUUUUGUGUGGAAACCUUCUGUUACAGCAGAGAGGAUGGAGCUCAGUGUUAUGGAGCUUUGGGAGGAACUGUGGUCCUCCAGCUGAUGGACAGCGCCUCAGAAAUAUUUAGAUACCAGUUGUUAAUCAAUAGAACAGUAAUACUUAAAGGGAGAAAGAAUCUGAUUCUGUCUAAUGUGAUGGAAGACAGAUCCUCAUUUACUCCCAGUGAUGGAACAUUUAGGAUCAACAGACUGAGCUGGACUGAUGCUGGUGAAUAUACUCUUGAAAUCUUUGAUUCAAAUGGACAGAGAUCAGAGCAGCGGACUCUACAUUUGAUCAUUCAAGGUGUGGAAACAUGUGAUGGCAGACAGGAUGGAGCUCAGUGUUAUGGAGCUUUGGGAGGAACUGUGGUCCUCCAGCUGAUGGACAGCGCCUCAGAAAUAUUUAGAUACCAGUUGUUAAGCAAAACAACACUAAUUCUUAAAGGGAAAAAGAAUCAGAUUGUGUUUAAUGUGAUGGAAGACAGAUCCUCAUUUACUCCCAGUGAUGGAACAUUUAGGAUCAACAGACUGAGCUGGACUGAUGCUGGUGAAUAUACUCUUGAAAUCUUUGAUUCAAAUGGACGGAGAUCAGAGCAGCGGACUCUACAUUUGAUCAUUCAAGGUGUGGAAACAUGUGAUGGCAGACAGGAUGGAGCUCAGUGUUAUGGAGCUUUGGGAGGAACUGUGGUCCUCCAGCUGAUGGACAGCGCCUCAGAAAUAUUUAGAUACCUCUUGUUAAUCAAUAGAACAGUAAUACUUGCAGGGAGAAAGAAUCAGAUUGUGUCUAAUUUGGUGGAAGACAGAUUCUCAUUUACUCCCAGUGAUGGAACAUUUAGGAUCAACAGACUGAGCAGGACUGAUGCUGGUGAAUAUACUCUUGAAAUCUUUGAUUCAAGUGGACAGAGAUCAGAGCAGCGGACUCUACAUUUGAUCAUUCAAGCUCCUGUGUCCUCUGUCCAGCUGGUCUCUGAGUGUCUGUCCCAGGGAGAGAUGAGGGUGUCCUGCUCCUCUGAGGGAGGGGACAGUCCUCAGUACAGCUGGACUCUGGACGGACACACGCUGACGGACGCUCAGCUCCUUUCUGGAAACAGUGAGAGUGAAAGCAUCACUCUGAAACGAGACGUCUCAGGACAGCUGGUCUGCUCAGUCAGGAAUAACGUCAGUAGGAUACCUACCUGUGGCUUCGUAUUCCCUAACUGCACCUUACCCAAUGGGAUGCACAUACUGCAGAGAGUGCUUGUUUCUACCAACACCCUGUGUGUUGAACCAACAACGACUCUGAUCCCAGAAACUCAGGCCUCCACUGAAGAUCGCUCCCAGCUCAUAUGUGGCGUGCGAGCAGCUGUGGUGAUUCUUUUAUUAACUGGAAUCACCGUCUAUUUUCUUUGGAAGAAAAAGAAGUACCAGACAGCUGAAGGCUCUGCCGACCCUCGAACGAUGAAAAGUCAAGAGAACUCUGUUGUGAUGGUUGAAAUGAGAAGUUCUGCAGCUGAAGUUUAACAUUCUGAAACCAAACAAGCGUCGCCGCUCACCUGCUGUGAUUUGCCACGUGUCUUUCUGGAUGUGUAAACAGGGUUUAGAGUGAAAACUGUCUUUUUUAUUCUUCUCAAAUUUACUUUUCAGCAGCUCACUGUGAAUACCUACCCAUACAAAGGUGUGAGUGUUUUCUGCUUUUUAAGCUCUGACAGAACAAAGUCUCUUUUUAUUGUAACCCUACUUCUAUGAUCACAAGUGGACCAGCCGACUAUUUUCAGAUUUUAUUAGGAGAUAAACGUUUUUAACAUUGUCUAUUAAAACCCAAACUGUACACCGUAACAAUUAUGGACAUUUUCACAUGUACAAAAAAGGUGUUUAACUCUUGAAUUAUGUACUAUACUCUCACCGGCCACUUUAUUAGCUUGUACCGGGUUGGACCCCCUUCUGCCUUCAGAACUGCCUUAAUUCUUGGUUGCAUACUUUCAACAAGGUGUUGGAAACCUUCCUCUGAGACUUUGGUCCACAUGACAGCAUCACACAGUUGCUGCAGAUUCGUCGGCUGCACAUCCCUGAUGAGAAUCUCCCGUCCCACCUCAUCCCAAAGGGGCUCUGUUGGACUGAGAUCUGGUGACUGUGGAGGCCGCUGGAGUUCAGUGAACUCUUUGUCAUGUUCAAGAAACCAGUUUGAGAUGAUUUGAGCUUUGUGACACGGAGCAUUAUCCUGCUGGAAGCAGCCAUCAGAAGAUGGUUCACUGUGGUCAUAAAGGGACAGAAUGGUCAGCAACAAUACUCAGGGAGGCUGUUGCAUUUAAACGACGCUCAGUUGGUGCUAAGUAGGGCGGAUUCAGGUAUAUUGGGACAGUUUCUGUAAUUCUAUCUUGUGAUCUCGUUCUUGUCAUAAAGUUAAAAAAGUAACCCAACAUA